AUGUCGCGAAAGGAAUUAGGGAAGUCUGUUAGUCUUCAACUGAUGAAAAUUAUCGGCCAGCAACAUAAGCGCGCUUACACUGCUUAUUUGAAUAACGAGAACAAUGACGAUCCCCAUAUCGACGACUUAAAUUCCGACCUACACAGUGGUGUAGCUUUAAUCAAGUUCUUAGAAAAAGAGACUGGGAAGCCAGCAAAGAAGUAUAACAAAGCGCCCAAGAGUGAGAUCCACGACAGAGACAAUUUAGAGAUAUUUUUAAGUCUAUUAAAAGAGAACAUAAACGCAACAAUAACUGCUCAAGACAUUAUCGACAAGAAUGAGAAACAGAUCUUACAGUUAAUGGCUUCACUCGUCAAAUUCUUUUUAUAUAAGAACACUAACUUACACUCCACCAUGUUUAAUGUUUGGUUCAAAAAGAUCAUUGGACGCGAGAUCGAUUUCUCUAUGGAAUACCCACGCCCAGACUUCUGGGCUAAACUUUUUAAUUACCUCAAAAAGGGGUUGAUCGACAUUUCUAAAUUCACAGACAACUCAAAGGAAAACAUGAAGUAUUGCUUUGAACAAGCAAAGAAUGAACUCAAAAUCCCUUUACUCAUCGACCCAGAAGAGACAGUGGAGGCUUCUUUGGAUGAUGAGGUACUCACUAUGUAUUUAGUCUUUUGUAUAUCAAAGGAUGAAAAGCUUCAAGAAGUCGAUGCCACUUUACUGUUUCUGCAAAGUAAGGAAGUCCCUUCAAUGAUCAAAGCCGCUGCUCUGAGAAAAUCACAACGACCGAAGACCAUGAAUUUGUCACAAAUUGGGCUGAAGAUAUCAGAGAAGAUCGAGGCGGAGGCCGACUUGAUUUCUAAGACAGCAGUAAAGUCACCGUCGAAAACGCCAAAAACUCCGAAAACACCUAACACGGAAUUAAAAGAGGAAGUCGGAUUGGUGGAGGCGUACGGAGAAAGAAGAGAAAUGUAUAACCAAAUGGGAGAAACGGAAUUGGAACUCCACAGAACGCGUGAGGAUAAUGAAAGACUUAGAAAAGCGUUCGACGAGAAGGUUGUCGAAAUUGGUGACUUGAAUACUAAGGUUAACACUAUUAAUGAUAAAAUCAAGGCAACUGAAGAAGAACUCGAGACUUUAAAGAAUCAAAAAGAAAGCGAAGAGAAUCGUGUCAAUUUGCAAAUUGAAGAAAAGACAAAAUUGGCGGAAGAAUCAACGAAAAAGGCGGAGGAACUUGAAAAGAAUGUUUCUGAGAUGGCUGUCGUGGUUCAAAACCUCAAAAACGACUUGGAGGCAAAAAAGAAUGAGUUGGGUGACAUUAACAAAGAACUGGAAAACACGUGGCAGAUUUUUGAAAAAAUUCUCGACGAUGAAAAGAAAAGUCAAGUUGUCGGAAUGAGAACAACAGAGAAAGUCCACGAAGGCUCGAAAACUUUGGCAAACGAACUUGUCAAAACUAAAAAGGAAAAUGAAGAAAAAGACAAAAAAAUCAACGAAAAAGACGAUGAACUUGAAAAAACAAAAAUUUUACUAACAGGUCAAAUCACAGCGACAAAUCGGGAAAGGGACGCAAAAGAAAAAUUGUUAGCUGAAAGAAAAGAGAGCGAGGAAAAGAUUGAAAAUGCUAGAAAGAUUGCCAAAGAGUUAGAAGACAAAGUUGAACAAUUGGAAAAGGAAAAAAAUGAGAAGGACGAAAAAAUUAAUAAUCUUGAAGAAAACGUUAAACAAAUUGAAAAAGAAAAACAAGAAAACGACGAAAAAUACAAAAACGAAAAUCAACAAUUGAGAAACGAAAAAAUAGAAAAAGAAAAAACCAUUUUCGAGUUAAACGAAACAAUCAAACUGCUUGAGAAAAACAAUUUGACUAAAAUUAGUGAAGAGGAGAGAAAAAAACACAUUGAGGAACUGGAAAAAAUAAGACUUGAAAAUCAAAAAAAUCUUGAGUUUUUGAGAGGUGAAAAUGAGAGGGUGCAGAACGAAAACGCAGAAGAGGUGAAAAAAUUGAAAGAAGAAAUUGAUAAAUUAAAGUCGGACAAUGAAAAACUCAAAGCCGAUGCAGUCAAUAUAUUAGAAAGGAAGAAUGAAGAUACAACGGACUUCAAGAAGCUGUACGAAGAACAAGUCAAGUUGUUGGAACAAACUAAAGAAGACUCAAAAAGGGAAGUCGCCGAAAUAAAGAAGCAAGCCGAGGUGUUCAGCGUUGUUGACGAAGAUGAAAGAAAGAGUCUAUUUAUCUCGAUUGCGCUCGCGAUUAAGCUCGUCUUAAUUUCAAAAACGUCGAACGAACUUAAUAUUACUGAGCUAUAUGAGGAGGUUUGUCAAAAUGCCAUCCCACUUUCGAAGUGGAACCAAUGGCUCACUGAACGGAUGUCUGAUAGAGGCAAUUGA